AUGGCUGCGUACCUCGUAGGACAUGAGGUACUAACACCAGCCCAACAUGGCUUUAUCAAGAGAACGUCUUGUCCAUCAAAUCUGCUUGCCUUCCUCGAUGAAGACGAGGGACAGCAUGUCGAGUUCUGUUAUCUGGACUUUAGCAAAGCUUUUGACUCGAUCAAAGAGCAACGCGUAGCCGAAUUCGGAUCCCAAAACCUCAAUGAAACGAACGAUCCAUCAAGUUUCCACGGUACUGCGUUAAUAAACGAUCAAUCGUUUCAUCCGUCUCCGCCAGCUCAGGAGGUUAGCCACAAGCCGCUUUCCAUGACUCACAGUGCCUCCCUCGCUAACCCGGAGGAUUUCUCAGCCGCUUGGGUUCCCGGUCGAUUCCGCGUCUUCUUCCUCCAGGUAGCAGGUUAG